CACACACAUAGAUAGAUAGAUUGGGGUGUCUUUUGAGAAAAUCCAUGAGCCAGUCUUUCUGUGCAAGAAUGUUUGCUUUGGGAGAAAUUUUCUUGUGUUGUUUCUGCAUACACAUUUGCCAGACACCUCUGUUUAGAGGGUGUAACCCCAUAAGAAAACUUUAGCAAUAUGACUUACAAUGUCAUUUUCAUCCUGUGCAGCAAAAACAUAUUUUCUGAGGGCAAACCAAAAAUAUUUCCUGCUUUAUGUUUUGCGAUAUUGCAACCCUAGAAACGUUCUGAUUUAACUGUCCAUAUCCUGUAUCAUAGAUGGUUAAAACGUUAAAGGCUGCUGCAUUGUUUGUAUAACGUACAAUAUAGAUGGGUUUCAGGGUUGCUGCAUUGUUUUGAAGGCUACGGCAUAAUUGGAGCUGCUAUAUUGUUUCCACGUACGACUGCGGAGAUGGCUUUCAGGGCUACGGAAUUGUUUCCAAAAUUAUGGCAUAGAUGGCUGCAGGUAUUAAGGCUGCUCCAUUUUUCCACUAUCCAUGAGUAUUUUUUCCUUUUUUACUCUGUAGGAAGCAUCCGUAGAAAUUUCGAUUCAUUUAAUAGGAGAUGGUUUAAAAUAAUAAUAAUAUGAAUUCUAUAAUUUUAUCAUUUCAGUAUGUGGAGUAAUGGCACUCUGCAAAUUUCGGUUGCAAAUGAACGAAUCAAUACGACUGUAACCGAAGUUGACCGACACAAAAAAUUCCUGUUCGUUUCGUACUUGUUAUGUGUUAUGUUCGCCAUGAUGUUGCUGUGAAAUUGUAAUCUAAAAUAUUCAUCCCGAUGUUGGACUUAGGCCUUUAUCAAUGUAGUAAUCACACUUUCAUCAAUAGUAGAUCCCAGGGAAGCAUUUCGUGGAUACCAAAGAAAGCUUCAAACGUGUUUGAAGCUUUCGAGGCCGUAUUCAUGGAACUAUGAACCUGGACUCGUUGUCUUUUACUUUGUCACAAAUAAGUUAUUUGGUUGCAAAUUUAACAAAGAAAAAUUAUAAACAAAGUACUCAGGAAUUAUCAUACUUGGUGGCAUUAUACAGUCUCGAGGCAGAUAGACACUUGCUGCGUUGUCUCUUCUCACACAUAGACUUCAGUGCUGAGGGGAGCAAAACCAGCAGCAGCAAAGAUUUCCAUCAGAUCCAGCUGCUGGUCCAGGAGUGUGUGGCCUUGUUGACAAAGCCCACUCUCAUCUCAAACCUUUGUUACGCACUUGAUAAUCCUCUGCAUCAUCAGAAGGAAGAUAUGUGAAACAGAAAGUAUGCUACCUGACUGUUAAAAAGGCCUGUUGGUUAAAUUUCCAAAGAAAGGGGGUGUCACCAACUGCAGUAAUUGGUGAGGAAUUACAAUUGUCAGUCCCAAGUACAGUGUUCAUGCAUGUAAUACAGAACAGAAUAAGAGACCACAUUGAUACAUGUCUGCAGAGAGAACAAGUCUACUUUAGAAGCAGUCGAUUGCGCACAGACCGGAUAAACACCUUAAGGAUCAUAACUGAGCAGAGCAGUGAGUUUAUAGCAAACCUAUAUCUUGUGUUCAUAGACUUUGAAGAAGCUUUGGACUUAUUAUUAUGAUCUUGAGGAUGAAGUGAAAUUUUUAGGACUGAAGGUGAAUUCUGGGAAAUCAACAUGAAUGUCCAGAUUCAACUGCAGUUAAGCAGCAAUUAUAUUGAAGCAGUUGAAGGGUUCACAUGCCUUGGCAGUGUACUUCCAAUAGAUGGGGGGGGAGGGGGGAGGUAUUAGGCAGCAUAUUAAGAAAGCCAGUGCAGCAUUUGUCCAGCUGAACCCAGUGUGGAGAGCCAGGGAGAUCACAACUACUAUACUUCAAAUUUUAAGAAAAAAUGUCAAAAUUCUUUAUCUCUGUGGCUGUGAAACCUGGGAAGGCACCUCUGAUAUCACCAGUAGAAUCCAAGUCAUCAUAAAAUCCUCCACGUUUUUUGGCCAACUGUAAUAUGUAAUGAAGAACCAGUCGCAAUCCAUAUUAAACACAGAAAGUGGAGAUGGAUCGGGUGCACACUACAAAAGAAACAGGACACGGUCGAGAAGCAAGCACUCUACUGGAACCAACAGGGUAAAUGAAAAUGAGGAAGACCAAAAAUGAAUUGGCGGUGAAGUGUGGAGGAAGAGGUGAGGAAAGAUCUGGAGGCAGCUGAGAACCUCAGCCAGGAAUAGAAUUCAUUGGUGCUGCUUUGUAGAGGCCCUGUGAUCUGGAAAAGAGCAAUAGGACUAAAGGAAAACAAAAGCUAUUUUUCUUGCCUUAUUUUUUUCCAAUAUCCAUCACCAUUGUAGGCAUAUCAUUAUUUAUAUAUUUAUAUGUGCCUUUUCCACAUUAACCUUUUAAUUCCACUUUCUCCUGUACCUGUAUUAUAUAAGUGUCAGUUUCAUGUUUGUUUAUUUGUUUUCUGGCACUUACACAUGAGAUGUUUAAGUGGAUGUGGAUCAUGGGACAAACUAUGU